AUGCAGUUUGCCACCUUAUGCUUCUUACUGGCAUUCUGUGCCUUCCAAAUAGUCCAUUCAGGCAAAGAUAAUAAAUAUAUACAGAAGGAAUUGGAUGAGUUAAAUAAGAACGAUCGUUCACAAGAAUUGUACGAUUUCCUAAAUAAAAAAGGAAAAAAAACUGAGGCUCUUUUGAGAGCUGCAAGACAUGCGAAAAAAAAUACUAUAGGUUGUCAAACGGAUUAUGAUGACACAAAGUAUGGAAUUUAUCUUGACUAUUCAAAUGCAUGUGACGAGUGUAUUAUAAGUGGCAAGAAAAAAAAUGACUAUCAGUUUGCCGUAGACUGCUGUGACAAGCUAUAUAAGGAAUCUAUAGCUAAGUCGGAUACUUUGUUGAAGGAUGCGAAGUAUUGUCUUGAUGGAUUGUAAACUAUGACUGUUCGUAACUGGCUGCGCUCGGGAUAGGUUUUCUGCAGUUUUCCUUCCCCUCGCAAAAUUUUUCAAAUUCAUACAUUUCUAACCUAAAACCGGCUGCAGACGGUAAUUUAUUACA